CAAAUGUUUGCACCCAAACGGAUUCUUCCCACGGAAACCCAUUUGAAAAAUCUCGCUACCAAAUAAAAACCCAAAAAUCCACGGGUUCGCUAUCAUCCCCAAAGUUUAAACCUUUUUGAAAUCAAGAGUUUUGAUUUUGCCCAGAAUUGGCUGAAAAGGAAAAUGAAUUCGGGAGAUUUACACAAGGUUUGGGAAAUCAAAGCAUUGAAGAGGAAACCUGGAGAAGAAGAAGCCAAAAGAUUCUUAGAGAAAAUAGCCAAUCAAGUUCAACCCAUUAUGCGCAAGCAUAAAUGGAGAGUCAAGGUCCUCUCAGAAUUCUGUCCAAAUAAUCCAGCUUUGCUAGGGGUGAACGUGGGACGUGGCAUCCACGUCAAGUUAAGGCUAAGGAGACCGAACCGGGAUUGGGAUUUUUAUCCCUUUGAUCAGGUUCUUGAUACAAUGCUUCACGAGCUUUGCCAUAAUGCUCAUGGUCCUCAUAAUGCUAGUUUUUACAAGCUUUGGGAUGAACUUAGAAAGGAAUGUGAGGAGCUCGUGUCUAAAGGAAUAACUGGCACAGGGGAGGGGUUUGAUCUUCCUGGGAAGCGCUUGGGUGGGUUUUCCCGACAACCUCCACUCUCAUCUCUUCGCCAGACUGCAUUAGCUGCAGCAGAGAACAGAGCACGCUUGGGGUCUCUAUUACCUUCUGGACCUAAACGUCUUGGUGGUGACAGCACCAUUAAGGAUGCACUCAGCCCCAUACAAGCAGCUGCAAUGGCUGCAGAAAGGAGAUUACAAGAUGAUCUUUGGUGCGGUUCUCAUUGUUCUGAGAUUGCUGGAGAUGAAGAAAGCUGUGCUGAUACUUUGCAGGAUCAUUUGCAAUCGGAUCAAGGGGCUGAGAAAUUGAGUGUCAAAGAUGGUUCCAGUGGACACGCUUUUGGUGGAACCUCUAUUAAACGAGGCCACAGGCAAGAUAAACCAGAAUCCAACUUUGUGGAUUUAACUACACCUCUGGUAUCUGGAUCUGCUUUUCACCAAGGUGCCAAAUCUCCUAAACGAAUCUGUAAAUCCAAUAACCUUAUUCCUUCAAGCGCCUCGUCUUCUGUCACCACAGUGGAUGAUGAUUCUCCGGAUAAUCAAGGAGUAACUGCCAUGUGGGAAUGCAAAUCCUGCACUUUAUUGAAUCCUUCAUUAGCCCCAAUAUGUGAGCUUUGCUUUAUUGAAAAGCCCAGAGACAUUGGCACCAAGUACAAAUUUUGGUCCUGCAAGUUUUGCACCUUGGAAAACUCUGUGAAACUGGAUAAAUGCUCGGCAUGUGAUCAAUGGAGAUUUUCACAUGGCCCUCCUAUAUCGACUUCAGCUCCCAAUCGCGGCACAUGAGAAAUAACAUCACAUAAAUGCCAAGUUGCUUCAUCUUGUCCAAGUCAAUUGAUUUUUCCUGGUUAAAUAUGAGGUAUUUUCAACUGUUUUUGUGGUUGGUUAUUACACUUCUUUAUGUUUAUUGGUCAGUAUAGAGUGAUGAGGGGGGAUAUCUGGGUAAAUCACAUUUUGAGGUCAAGUGAUGCUGUUUUUCUUCCUGGUAAUCUUUACAAUAUAAAUACCAGCUCCAAUACCAGCAGCAACAGCAUCACUGAAGUUUCACGAUGACAAUAUCUUUGAUGUAAGAGUACACAGGUAACUGUCCAUUUCCAGUACACAUCGACGUGGAGAAGACGACUUGAAAGCAGUCAUUACCGUU